AUGGCUUCUUUAAGAUCCCAUGUCGUCGAGCCUGUCUCUGCAUUCUCAGCAGCUGGCACGGGGAAGGGAGCCAUCAAGACCGAUAGGAGAAACGAUGUCGUUGUCGAGCUUCAGGAGCCGGAGCAUCAACGGCAUGCUACUGGAGUCUGGGCUCGAUCAUUCCGAGAUGCAUUCUCAAAGCAGAGCUUCCGCGAGUAUGCGGCUGUUUUGGUCAAAUUUGGCAAAUUCGUUGGACCGGCAGGCAUCAUCAGCGUCGCGUAUAUCGACCCCGAUAAUUUUCAAACCUCGAUCUCUUCAGGUGUCCAGUUCAAGUUCAAGCUACUGUUCAUGGUCUUGGUCUCGAAUCUGAUCGCGAUUUUUCUACAGUCCCUCUCCGUCAAGCUCGGAACCGUCACGGGUAUGGAUCUAGCUCAAAUGAUCAAAGCCUACUUUCCAAAAUGGCUUAAUAUUUUUCUCUGGUUCGUUGCGGAAGCUUCAAUUCUUGCCACCGACAUUGGUCAGGUGAUUGGCACUGCCAUUGCUAUCAACAUUCUGGUACCAAAGAUCCCCUUGGUGGCUGGAUGUGCCUUGUCUAUUGUGGAUACGCUCUUCAUCCUCUACUUCUAUCGACCCGAUGGAUCGAUGAGGGCCCUUCGCUAUUUUGAGCUCUUCGUUGGAACUUUCGUUGUGGCCAUCUUUAUUUGCUUCUGCAUUGAGCUCUCGUACAUCACCAAUACUCCGGUUGGACACGUUUUCAAGGGUUUCCUGCCAUCCAAGACCAUUUUCAAAGGAGAAGGACUUUAUCAAUCAUGUGCCAUUCUCGGAGGUACUCUCAUGCCUCACACAAUCUACUUAGGAACUGGACUCGCCCAGCCACGGCUCCGCGAAUUCGAUGUCAGAAAUGACACCUAUAAAGAAGAACCUACCAAUUCUAGCCCUUCCGCCCGCAAGCUCUACAAACCAUCUCUCUCGGCCAUCAAAGCUUGCAUGAACUACUCGAUCGCCGAGCUCAUCAUCACCUUGUUCAUCGUUUCCAUCUUUGUCAACUCCGCCAUUCUUAUUAUUGCCGCUGCACAACUGACAGAAGAAGCGGACGAUGCAGAUCUAUGGGGAAUGUAUGAGCUGUUCCGAGAGACGAUUUCGCAGGCUGCUGCAACGAUCUUCGGACUAUCGCUGCUGUUCUCCGGUAUCAGUGCGGGAAUCGUGGCCACGAUGGCAGGUCAGAUGGUCUUUGAGGGGGCAUUCAACUGGACCAUUCGCCCAUUCUACCGCCGUCUCAUUACGCGGACGGUUGCUCUCAUUCCAGGUAUCAUCAUCGCAGCGGCCUUGGGUCGGGACGGCGUGACGGCUGCUUUGAAUGGCGCCAAUGUUGUUCUCUCCGUGGCGCUGAUCUUCCUCACUUUCCCGCUAAUCUGGUUUACGAGCUUCAACAGGUACAUGAUGGUGGAAACUGAGGGUGGAACGAGUGUCGCAACGCUGGAUACCAUGGAUUCGUGCGAUACGGAGAGAGCCGCGCCUGAGAAUCCGAGGGUUAGCUUGGCUAACAACUGGCCAACACUGAUCGCAGGAUGGAUCAUCUGGUUCAUCAUUGCUUUCAUGAAUGUUGCUACUUUGACAUUACUUGGUUUGGGUGUUGUGGAGGCAGACUAG